GACGUCCUGGAUGAAGAUAAGUUCAGUGUGGAGUUGGUGGUUCAGUGCAUCAGAGCGUCCGACAUGCCGCAGACGCACAACAACUCUGCUGCUGCUGGGCACCGCCGCCACCAUCUUCCCUGAGAAAGUCCUGCACAACAUCAUGCCCAUCUUCACCUUCAUGGGAGCCAACAUCAUGCGACUGGACGACGCCUACAGCUUCAGAGUCAUCGACAAGACGGUUCAGAUGGUUAUACCUGCUCUGAUCAAGGCCCAGCAGCUAUCCGUCGACGGCUCUUCGUCUCACGUGGACGCCGUGGUGACGAGGAUCGUGCACGUGUUUGCCGACGCGUUGCCACACGUUCCCGAUCACCGGCGGCUGCCCAUCCUCGCCCAGCUGGUGACCACGCUGGGCCCCGCCCGCUUCCUCUGGGUCCUAAUGCUCCUCCUGUUCAAGCUGCACGCCACGCAGACGGCGAGCUCUGUGAGCGAGAAGGAUGCAGCUCUGGAGAGAGACGUGGACUUCUGGAUCGCUCUCUGCUGUCAGUUCGAGGUCACCGACCAGCUCACCUCCAUCAUCAACAUCCUGAACUUCCUCCUGCAGCUGCCCGACGACAAAGACGACGCUGCGGUGAAACGCUCCGUCGGCCGGCGAGGAACCAGGAAGAAGGAGGAGGAGGAGGAGGAGAAGGCAGAGGCACUGAUCUUCAGUCUGGACGCUCACAGCAGCAAAGAGCUGCGACACUUCAAGUUCCUCUCCGUGUCCUUCAUGGCUCAGCUGCUCGGCUCUGCCAGCUUCAUCGGGAAGGUCGCAGACGGUGACGACGUUGACGAUGGGUCUUUGCAGCAGCUGCAGCAGAGGCUGCUGGAGGAGAUCCUGCGUUACAUCCACAGUGUAGCUCGCUGUGUGGAGGAGAACGCUGACAAACCCACCGCCAAGUUCUGGAGAGUUCUGCUCAAUAAAGCCUACGACGUCCUCGAUAAGGUGAACUCCCUGUUGCCCACGGAUACCUUCAUCACAGUGAUGAGAGGGCUGAUGGGAAACCAGCUGCCGUCGGUCCGGAGAAAAGCGAUGGAGCUGCUGAACAACAAACUGCAGCACAGGACGCAGUGGGAGGAGCAACAGGUCACUGCGCUCUUACAGCUGACCGGCGACCUCCUGAGCAUUGUGGGUAAAGGUCACGGUAAGGUGAUGGCGGCGGAGGAGGCGGAGCAGGCGAUCAACCGGCAGACGGCGCUCUACAGCCUCAAGCUGCUCUGUCGCAGUUUUGGCUCCGACCACCAGGAGGCGAUGGUGCCCGUCCUGCUGCGCACGGUGGAGAUUGUGACGUCGCCGGAGGAGGAGAAGAACGUGACGGGCAGCGCUCUGCUCUGCAUCGCCGAGGUGGUCAGCACGCUCAAAGCCCUCGCCAUCCCGCAGUUACCGAGGUUGAUGCCGGCGGUGCUGCACACGCUGACCGACAGGAAGGAGCUGCUGACCAACGAGAUCUACCUGCUGAGCGCCGUCACCGCCCUCCAACGUGUCACCGAGACGCUGCCGCACUUCAUCAGCCCGUACCUGCAGGACGCCACAUUACAGGUGUGUCGGCUGACUCGGCUGGUAGAGUCUUCCUCCUCCUCCUCCUCCUCGUCCUCGUCUUCAGCCACCGCCCAGCUGUCCGCACGUCUCACCUCCCUCAGGAGCACCCUCGCCACCAAGCUGCCCCCCAGGGUCCUACUGCCCACCCUCUGCAAGUGCUACAGCAACGUGGUCGUCGACAAGAAGGCCCAGCUGGGGGCGCUGAUGAGCAUCCUGAAGGAACACAUCAGUCACAUGGAGAAAGAGCAGCUCAACUUCCACCAAUCAGAGCUCACCUCCUUCUUCCUCACCGCUCUGGACUUCCGUGCUGAACACUGCGAGGGCGAUCUGGAGAAGACGGCGCAGAUCGAGGGCUGCGUGAUCGACUGUCUGCUCGCCAUGGUGAUGAAGCUGUCCGAGGUCACGUUCAGGCCGCUCUUCUUCAAGCUGUUUGACUGGAGUAAGUCCGACAGUAAGGAGCGUCAGCUGACCUUCUACCGACUGUCCGACCGCAUCGCCGAGCGGCUCAAAGGACUCUUCGUCCUGUUUGCAGGAAACCUGGUGAAAGCGUUCGCUGACCUGCUGCGACAGACCAACAGCUCACAGCCCGCUGUCUCUCUGUCAGGAGGUGAGGAGAAAAGCUGUCUGCUGCUGCAGUACGUCCUCGACUGUCUCUAUAAGAUCUUCCUGUACGACACUCAGAGGUUCCUCAGCAGAGAGCGAGCCGACGCCCUCAUGAGCCCCCUGCUCGACCAGGUGAGAGAGAGAGAGAGAGAGAGACGGGGAGAGAGAGACAGACAGAGAGAGAGAGAGAGAGAGACGGGGAGAGAUAGAGACAGAGAGAGAGACAGAGGAAUCAGAACAUUUGGGCUUUUUUAUAUAGAAAUAACUCAAAAGAUGUCUUUCCUGUUGAUGGACGCAGACUUCAGCGUUUAAAUCGGUGUCACAAAU